UCGGGACGGAGAAUCGGUCCCUUCCUUGACGGAAAGUGGAAGGUCCCGGGGCCAGGAGGACGGGAGGAAGCGUUUGCCAAGGCACCAUGGCAGAGCCGGAGAACCUCGAGGUGAUGGUGAAAACCUUGGACUCGCAGACCAGGACCUUCACGGUGGAGGCAGAGAUUACAGUCAAAGAGUUCAAGGAGCACAUUGCGGGCUCGGUCAAUAUCCCUUCCGAAAAGCAGCGCCUCAUCUAUCAAGGGAGAGUCCUGCAAGACGACAAGAAGCUGAAGGAAUACAAUGUCGGCGGCAAAGUCAUCCACUUGGUGGAACGCGCACCUCCCCAGACGCAGUCGCCCUCCUCGGGGGGCCCCUCCGGAGUGGGCCCCUCGCCGGUCCCUCACAACGGCACGGGCUCCCGGGGGACGGGCCCCACCGUGCACGACCGCAACGCCAACAGCUACGUCAUGGUGGGAACCUUCAACUUACCAGUAAGCAUUAUGGACCCGCAGCCACCCACACAAAGCGAUGGAUCGUCUGUGGACGUUCAUAUAAAUAUGGACCAGGCUCCUGUACAGAGCGAGCCUCGGGUCCGCCUCGUCAUGGCCCAGCACAUGUUGCGGGACGUCCAGGGCAUCCUGAACCGGCUAGAGGGUCACGGCAGCAGCCAAGCCGCACCAGGAUCCGAGGAAGCGCCGUCUGCCAGCCCGACAGAACGGGAGCCGAUGGAAGGAGCCGAAUCCGAGCCUCCCAGCGAGCCCACGCCGGCCGAGGAGACGCCCCCAUCCGGGACUGAGCCCCCCCCAGCAGCGGAGGCUGCCGCACCCAACCACCCGUCGCCAGCUGAGUACGUGGAGGUGCUGGGGGAGCUCCGUGGGGUGGAAAGCCGACUGCAGCCCUUCCUGCAGAGAUACGAGGAGAUCCUGGGGACUGCUGGCACCGCCGACUACAACAAUAACACGGAGGGCCGCGAAGAGGACCAGCGAAUCAUCAACCUGGUGGGGGAGUCCCUGCGCCUGCUGGGGAACACGUUUGUGGCCCUCUCGGACCUGCGCUGCAACCUUUCCUGCAGUGCCCCCCGCCACCUCCACGUGGUGCGGCCGAUGUCCCACUAUACAGCCCCCAUGGUGCUGCAGCAGGCGGCCAUUCCCAUCCAGAUCAAUGUGGGAACCACGGUCACCAUGACGGGCAACGGGGCUCGCCCCGCCCCAGCCAGCGCGGAAGCCUCCGCCCAGGCCCCCCAGGCUGUUUCCGCCGCCCAGCCCAGCGCUCCCGGUCCUGCGGAGGCUGGCCGGCCCUCGGAGGGGCUGCCCCCUUCCUCUUCCCCAGGAAGCACCCCGACUCAAACGCAGGCCUCCCAGACGGGCCACCCGCGCGUGAUCCGCAUCUCCCAUCAGACAGUUGAACCUGUGGUUAUGAUGCACAUGAACAUACAAGAUUCUGGCCCCCAGAUGGGAGGAAGCAGUGCCGGGGGGGCACCACCCAUGGGGCCUGCUGGGCCUGGCCAAGGCGUGGGUGGUGCUCCUCACAUGCCCCUCCCAAGCCUCCCGCCAGAGUUCAUGCAGGCGGUGGCCCACCAGAUAACGCAGCAAGCCAUGGCGGCAGCGGCUUCCGCGGCCACAGGCCAGCAAGUCCCAGGCUUCCAGUCGGCUCCGACACGUGUGGUGAUUGCCAGGCCCUCCGCUCCUUCCGUGCGGCCCACUCACCCCGGGUCACCCCAGGCGCCAGGACAAGGACCAAUGGCCUUCCCCCUUCCCUCGCAGGGCCCUGGCAUGGGCGGAAAUGCUUCCUUGGCCCAGAUGAUCAGCGGAUUGGUCGGGCAGCUCCUCAUGCAGCCAGUAAUAGUGGCUCAAGGCAGCGGGACCUCCUCGUCAGCUCCCUCUUCCGUCAGCAGCCAGGCUACCUUCAGCACCAGCAACUCUGCCUCCCCUCCCACUGCCUCGGCCAGCGCGGGCACCACCAACACUGCCACCACCGCCGCGGGGGGCAGCUCGGCCGGCGCCCCCGGAGGGCCCGUCCUGUCUGGCGGGCCCAUCCCAUCUGGCCAGCCUCCGACUGCUGGAGCCGAACUCCCGUUCACUCCGCUGCUGGGGACCCUCCUUGGGGCAGCGGGCUCCAGCAUGGCGGGGCAGGAGGAUCUAUUCACUCAGCUGCUGGGGACCCUCCUUGGUGCAGCGGGCUCCAGCAUGGCGGGGGGGGCCGGCGUGGGGUCCCCCACCAUCACCGUGGCCAUGCCGGGGGUCCCCGCCUUCCUGCAAGGCAUGACGGACUUCCUGCAGGCAACGCAGAUGGGGUCAGCUCCCCCACAUCCCCCCGAGCAGACACCGCCCCCGCCCGCGGCCUCUCCGCCGCCUCCCCCCUCUGCUCCUCAGAGUGGGCCGGAGGCACCCUCAGCUGGGGCAGGAGGAGGCAGCGGCGUCCGUGGCGGUGCCUCGGCAGAUGCUCUGCCGCCGGAGUUCUUCACCAGCGUGGUCCAGGGGGUGCUGUCGUCCAUGAUGGGUUCCCUCAGCGCCCAGCAGGGCAGCACGGAGAGCAUCGCUGACUUCAUCCAGCGCCUGAGCGGCACCAACAACAUCUUUGAGCCGGGCACCGAGGGGGCCCUCGGCUUCUUCGGCGACCUGCUCUCUUUGAUCUGCCAGAACUUCUCCAUGGUCGACAUGGUGAUGCUGCUGCACGGGCAGUUCCAGCCGCUGCAGCGGAUCCAGCCCCAGCUCAGCCGCUUCUUCCGGGAGGAGUACCUACACGGCCAGGAGCCCACCGAACGCAACGUCCGGGUGAGACGGGGCCGGCCGCCACCCAGUCCCCGGGCUCGGCGGCGCUGCCACUUCUCGCUGCCCAACCUCGGGGCGUUUGCUAACCCUCUCCGCCGGAGCAAUCAGAGCGAGAAGCUGUACCAAAAUUUCCUCAACAGCAAAGACCCAGAAGCAGCAGAUGAACUACUCCACGAACUCAACGCCGUGCCCUGCCGUGGAGCCCCCGUGACUUUCCCAGGCUGGUUGGCAGCGGCAGGGCUUGUGCGGGAGGCCAGUCCCAUUGACUCUUCGCGUGCAAAAGAUGGCUGCCAAGUCCCCUCUUCCUUUCCCCUCCUGACGGCCUUUUCUUUCUCUUCCCCUUUCCCCGCCCACCCCUGGUGGCAGAGGCGGAUGUCAGCAGACAUCAACCCGUCCCUGGUGAGCUGGCUCACCACCAUGAUGAGCAUGCGGUUGCAGGUCAUCCUGGAGCACAUGCCCGUCACGGAGGAGCAAAUCCUGCAGUAUGUCCGCAGGGUGGGCGAUCCCCUCCAGCCUGUGCCUGAAGAGCCCAUGGAUUUGCAGGCUGCCGAGCAGCUUCCCGAAGCCCUGCAGCGCGAGAGUGCCGCCUCCCCGGCCCCAGCCACCACGGCGGAGGAGGCCAUGCCCCAGCCACGAGGGGAGCCGGAGCACGAAGAGCCCCAGCAAGGGGAGCCCCCCGCUCCCGAUACGGAGCCCUGGGCUGCCGCCGUGCCCCCGGAGUGGGUGCCCAUCAUCCGUGAGGACAUCCAGUCCCAGCGCAAGCUGAAGCAGCAGCCUCCCCUCAGCGACGCCUACCUGAGCGGCAUGCCAGCUAAGCGGCGCAAGACCAUGCAGGGCGACGGGCCCCAACUACUGCUGUCCGAGGCGGUCAGCAAAGCUGCCAAAGGGGCUGGCGUGAAGCCCCUGACCAGCCCGGAGAGCCUCCACAGGGACCUUGCAGACCCGGCUCUCCAGGAGGGCUACCGCCUGCAGCUGAAAUCCGAUCUGCAGAAGCGGCUGCAGGCUGACCCCAGCUUCACUCCACAGAGGUUCCCCAACGCCCAGCAGGCCUUUGUGGCCGAGGACUUGUAAUGGCCGCUGCUGGCGCCCUCCUGGGCCGGAGGUGGACUGUGCGGCUCGCCUCUCCUUCCCUCCGUGCACGAUGCAAACAGCCACUCCCUUCUCAGGCCAAGUAUUUAAGUUCCCUUCCCAAUCGUUCCCUGUCUGGUUGCUGUGACCUCUCUCUCGGCCAGUGGGGGUGCCCUGGCGGCUGCUGGAAUCACUAAAUAAAGCCACUUCU